AUGGUUGCUACUUUUGGGAUCCCUUAUGACGCCAAAGCAGAUCCUCUUCAAGAGAUGCGAGCAUUCAAAGCUGCAAUGGCAGACGCCAAGUCCAAUCCGGACUGGCGUACAGCUCGUCAAAUCGAGCGCCAUCGCUGGAAUCCGUACUCGUUCGAAGGAGGGUCUACGUGUGCUCUAGCUGGAGAGAAUUUCGCCAUAGUAGCAAGUGACACUCGUAUGUCUCAGAUGGAGGUCAACAUCAUUACGAGAGAUGCCGAGAAAGUGCAUGUUCUGCGUUUCUUCCCUUACUAUACGGGUGCCAUUUUGGCUGGAAUAGAUGAGAACGGCAAAGGGGCGGUGUUCAGCUACGAUCCUAUCGGGUGCGUAGAACGCAUUGCUUACUCGGCAAGUGGUGCAGCUGAACCAAUGAUGAUAGAUUCCUUUUUGGAUUGCCAGGCUUGGAUUUUCUGUCUUAAUUUCGCUGGGUUACGCUAA